GUUUUCUCUUGUUACCUCAAUCUCCCAAAAAGCAAAAAACAUCAACAGAACACACACCUCUCUCUCUCUCUCUCUCUCUCUCUCUCUCUCUUAUACGAAACGAAGAAGAUGGUUAAUGCUCGUACUAUCGUCGGCAUUGUCGGCAAUAUCAUCUCCUUUUGUCUUUUUCUCUCGCCGCUUCCGACGUUCUAUCGCAUAAUAAAGAAGAAGGAUGUGGAGGAAUUCCAGUUUUACCCUUAUGUAGCAACAGUGCUGAAUUGCAUGUUGUGGAUGUUCUACGGUCUCCCAAUUGUUAAGGAAGACAGUCUCCUUGUUGUCACCAUUAAUAGCAUUGGCCUUGUUAUUGAGUUGGUCUAUUUAGGCAUUUACUGCUUCUAUGAUAAUCAGAACAAGGGAAGGAAAAAAGUCGGGCUGUGUCUUUUGGGCGAAGUAGGUUUCAUGGCCGUCAUCAUUGCCAUCGCCAUGCUGGCUUUCCACAAGCUUAAAUACAGAUCUCUUUUUGUGGGAGUGUUCUGUGAUAUCUUAAAUGUUAUGAUGUACAGUUCACCACUUCUGAUCAUGAAAAAGGUUAUUAUGACAAAGAGUGUGGAAUAUAUGCCAUUUCCUCUCUCUUUAGCUGGGUUCUUAAAUGGCGCCUGCUGGACAGCUUUUGCCAUCAUCAAAUUGGAUCUUUUUAUUCUGAUUAGCAAUGGUCUUGGAACAUUAGCCGGUGCCUUUCAACUCAUAAUCUUUUUCAGAUACUACCGGUGGUGCGCUCCUAAGCAAACAGAUGAUGACGAUAUAGUGAAGCCUUCUGAGAUCCAGCUUUCUGGUGCAAAUGCAGCAUCUAGAGUCUGAAAACAGUCUUUAUCUUUUCCGUGACCCUGUUCUAGAUUUUUAUUUCUAUUUUUAUCAUUUGUUGCCUUUUCUUAUCUUUUAGUUUUUGAGCGAGUAGGAAUAUUUACCAAUUUUGGUGGUGUGCUUAUUGGGAUUUUAGUCUUUAUUUUUAUGUUUAGGGUUUCCAAUUUCCAAUGUCCGGAUAAGUUUUGAGAGUAUUGUAGAUUGGAUGUCUUUUCUCUGA